AUGGCGGGUCUCCCGUGGACUUUUGAUCAACAUCUAGUUUUAUUGAAUGAGAUCGAUGGUGACCAACAACCAUCUAAUAUAACCCUAAAGUUUUUCCCUUUCUGGGUUAGGCUUUAUAAUCUGCCUCUAGGAAGUCGGUCGGAACGCCAUGUGCGGCAGAUUGGUGGCUGUUUGGGGGAGGUUCUGGAGGUGGAGAAUGAUGGAGUUCGGUGGGACAAAUCUGUUAGAGCCCGUAUCUUGCUUGAUGUAACCCUACCUUUGCGCAGGGUUCAACGUAUUUCUUUAAAGAAUGGGAACUCGACAAUGGUGGAAAUAAAAUAUGAACGGUUGCCGACUUUUUGCUAUGUCUGUGGGACUAUAGGUCACAUAGAAAGGGAUUGCAUGAUGCCCCAAGAUGAGGAGAAGGAUAUUGAGAAGCAAUGGGGAUCGUGGCUACGAGCCUCGCCGCGAAAGGGGCGUCUGAAAAUGGAAGAUUAA